AUGAUAAGGGAAGAGGUGAAGAGAAUUCCUGUAAAAGUAGCACUACGUUGUCGCCCUCUGGUCUCUAAGGAGAUCAGUGAGGGUUGUCACAUGUGCCUUUCUUUCGUUCCAGGGGAGCCUCAGGUGCUGGUCGGUAAUGACAAAUGCUUUACCUACGAUUUUGUAUUUGACCCCUCUACCGAACAGGAAGAGGUCUUCAAUACAGCGGUAGCACCACUCAUAAAAGAUGUACUUGGAGGAUACAAUGCGACCAUUCUGGCCUAUGGGCAGACUGGCUCUGGAAAAACGUAUUCAAUGGGAGGUACAUACACUGCCGAGCAAGAGAAUGACCCCACUGUUGGGAUCAUUCCUAGGGUUAUAAAACUGCUCUUCAAAAAGAUUGAGGAAAAGAGGGACACUGAAUUUGCUCUGAAAGUAUCUUACCUGGAGAUUUACAAUGAAGAAGUUUUAGAUCUGCUCUGCCUGUCUCAAGAGAAAGCCUCCCACAUAAAUAUCCGAGAAGAUCCCAAGGAAGGCAUAAAGAUGAUAGGGCUCACCGAAAAGACUGUUGUAGUUGCCAUGGACACUGUUUCCUGUUUGGAACAGGGCAACAACUGUAGGACUGUGGCUUCCACAGCCAUGAACUCCCAGUCCUCCCGAUCUCAUGCUAUCUUCACAAUAUCCAUAGAGCAGAAAAAGAAAAAUGACAAGAAUAGUAGCUUUCACUCCAAGCUGCAUCUUGUAGAUCUUGCUGGAUCAGAAAGACAGAAGAAAACCAAAGCUGAAGGGGACCGCCUAAAAGAGGGUAUUAGUAUUAACCGAGGCCUCCUGUGCUUGGGAAACGUAAUCCAUGCACUUAGAGAUGACAGGAAGGGAAGUUUUGUGCCUUACAGAGAUUCCAAACUGACUCGGCUGCUUCAAGAUUCUCUAGGAGGUAACAGCCACACACUUAUGAUAGCCUGUGUAAGCCCUGCUGAUUCUAAUCUAGAGGAAACAUUAAAUACCCUUCGUUAUGCUGACAGAGCAAGAAAAAUAAAAAACAAACCUGUCAUUAACAUUGAUCCCCAGACAGCUGAACUUAAUCAUCUUAAGCAACAGGUACAGCAGCUUCAGGUCUUGUUGCUGCAAGCCCAGGGAGGUGCCCCACCUGGAUCUACAUGUGUGGAACCAUCAGAGAAUCUACAAUCCCUGAUAGAAAAGAACCAGUCCCUGGUAGAGGAGAAUGAAAAGUUAAGUCAUAGCCUGAAUGAGGCAACCGGUGAGACCAUGCAGAUGCUGGAGAGGAUCAUUUUGAUAGAACAAGCAAAUGAAAAGCUGAACAUGAAACUAGAAGAGCUCAGGCAGCAUGAAGCCUGCAAACUGGAUCUUCAGAAACUGGUAAAGAAUCUGAAAGACCAGGAAUUGAAAGAAAAUGUAGAUAUAAUUCAUAAUCUGCAGCAAAUGAUUAUUCAACUAUCGCAUGAAACUGUACCUUGCAUAGCUACAGUCAUUGAUAAUGCAGUAGAGAUCAAAGCUCAAGUGCAAACCAGUCCAGAAACUAGCGACAGGUCUUCUGAUGCUUUCACCACCCAUCAUGCUCUGCGGCAGGCUCAGAUGUCAAAGCAGCUGAUUGAGUUGAACAAAGCCCUAGCACUGAAAGAGGCCUUGGCCAGGAAGAUGACACAGAAUGACAAGCAACUCCACCCCAUUCAAUUCCUGUACCAGGAUAACAUAAAAAAUCUAGAAUUGGAAGUCGCAGAUCUGCAAAAACAAAAGGAAGCCUUGAUUCUUGAACUCCAGACAGCAAAGAAAGAUGUCAACCAGGCCAAGUUGAGCGAGCGCCGACGCAAACGUCUCCAAGAGCUUGAAAGUCAAAUAGCUGAUUUGAAGAAAAAGCUACAUGAACAGUUCAAGCUUCUGAAAAUGAAGGAAUCCACAGAGCAUACUGUGACUAAACUGAACCAGGAGAUAGUGAUGAUGAAGAACCAGCGAGUACAGCUACUGCACCAGAUGAAGGAGGAUGCUGAGAAGUUUAGACAGUGGAAGCAACAAAAAGACAAAGAAGUGAUCCAGUUGAAAGAACAAGACCGUAAGAGACAAUAUGAACUUCUCAAACUCGAAAGAAACUUCCAGAAGCAGUCCAGCGUGCUGAAGCGUAAAACUGAGGAGGCAGCAGCUGCCAACAAGCGUCUCAAAGAUGCUCUCCAGAAGCAGCAGGAGGCUGCAGACAGGAGAAAAGAGACUCAGAGCCGGAAAAUGGAAGGCACAGCAGUGCACGUGAGAAACUGGCUUGGAAAUGAAAUUGAGGUUAUGGUCAGUAUUGAGGAAGCCAAAGGCCACUUGAAUGACCUCCUUCGAGACAGAAAGAUCCUGGCUCAGGACCUGGCUCAGCUUAAAUCAAAAAAAGAAUUCGAGGAGAAUCCACCUCCUAAACUUCAAAGGCGCACUUUCUCACUUGCUGAAAUGCCUGCUCAGGCUUCAGUGUCAGAGGAUUCUAUUACAAAACAGGUUGAAAGCCUACAGACUGAAAUAAAGCUCCGGAGUGCUCAGAUUGCUGACAUCCAACAGAAGCUCCUACAUGCGGAAAGUGAAGACAGGUCCAAAAAACGCUGGGAGAAUAUCGCCACAAUUCUGGAAGCCAAGUGUGCCCUGAAAUACUUAAUUGGAGAACUGGUCUCCUCCAAAAUGCAGGUCAGCAGUCUUGAAAACAGCCUGACACGGAGUAAGGCCAGCUGUACUGACAUGCAGAAGAUGCUAUUUGAGGAACGGAAUCAUUUUGCUGAGAUAAAGACAGAGUUUCAAGAUGAACUGGUCAGAGUGGAGCAACAGCACCAAGAGAAGGUGCUGUACCUUCUCGGCCAGCUGCAGCAAAGCCAAGCCGCAGAGAAGCAGCUGGGGGAGACAGGCAGCGAGAAAGAGCAACAGCUGCUGAGCACACUGCACUGUCAGGAUCAAGAGCUGAAGAAGAUGCAGGAAGUAUGCAAGCAGAACCAGAGGCUUCUCCAGGAAAAUGAGAAAAUCAAGCAGAAACUGAACCUCCUUCAAGCAGCCAGUAGGCAGACUCUUGAUGUUCCUGAGGGUGUUACCCUCUGUGCAGACUCUUCCUUUGAAUAUAUGCCACCUAAGCCAAAGCCUUCCCAUGGUAAAGCAAAGUUCCUGGAGCAAAGCAUGGACAUGGAGGAUCUAAACUAUUAUUCCGAGCAGUCUAUGGAUGAUGAUAAUAAUGUCUCCAGCAAUGGUGGGGAUGAUGAGGAAUGGAAGCCAUCAAAGUUAACUAAGGUAUCCAGGAAGAACAUUCAUCGGUGUUUCUGCAAAGGCUGGUGUAGGAACAAGCAGUGUGGAUGCAGGAAGCACAAGCUGGACUGUGGAGUGGCCUGCGGCUGCAACUCCACAAAGUGUCGGAACCGCCAACAAAGCCAGCAGAGUCUGGGCACUAUGGAGAGGACCCCAGAAUCUGAAGCCACCUUCAUACUAGAAGAUCCCACAGAAGUGAUCCCAGGAUUGAGCUUCUUCAGCCCUGUCUGUGCCACUCCCAGUAGUAAGAUCCUGAACAAGAUGCAGGAUGGGGAGCAGGCACUAUCACAGAAGUCUGCUCUGCCUCAUUCUUCCUUUGAUGUCCCUGAGCCCAAACCCAGAGUAACAGAAUCCCAAGAAGACAAGGCCCCAAGGAAGAAAAAGAAGCGUGCUCUGGCCAGCAAUACCAGCUUCUUCUCUGGCUGCUGCUCCAUGGAAGAAGAGGCCCACUGA